CAGGCCAUCCGCGCUUCAUGAACCAGCUGUCCUGCGGCCUUGACCUGGUGUCGCUGGCCGGCGAGUGGCUGACGGCCACGGCCAACACCAACAUGUUCACGUACGAGAUCGCGCCGGUCUUCAUCCUGAUGGAGCACGUGGUGCUGCAGCGCAUGCGCGAGCUCAUCGGCUGGCCCGGCGGCGCGGGCGACUCCAUCCUGGCGCCCGGCGGCUCCAUCUCCAACCUGUACGCCUUCCUGGCGGCGCGCCAUAAGAUGUUCCCGGACUACAAGCAGCGCGGCACCACCGCCGUGCGGGGACAGCUGGUCAUGUUCACCUCCGACCAGUGCCACUACUCCGUGAAGUCGUGCGCGGCGGUGUGCGGCCUGGGCACGGACAACUGCGUGGAGGUGCCGAGCGACGCGCGCGGCCGCAUGCGCGUGGACGAGCUGGAGCGGCUGGUGCUGGAGCGCAAGGCGCGCGGCCACGUGCCCUUCUUCGUGGUGGCGACGGCCGGCACCACCGUGCUGGGCUCCUUCGACCCCAUCGAGCAGAUGGCCGACGUGUGCCGGCGCCACGGGCUGUGGUUGCACGUGGACGCCGCGUGGGGCGGCGGCCUGCUCUUCUCGCGCCGCUACCGCCACCCGCGCCUCACCGGCAUCGAGCGGGCUGACAGCGUUACUUGGAAUCCGCAUAAACUGAUGGGAGCGUUGCUGCAAUGUUCAACUAUCCACUUCAAAGAGGAUGGCCUCCUGAUCAGCUGCAACCAGAUGUCGGCGGAGUACCUCUUCAUGCAGGACAAGUUGUAUGACGUGCGCUACGACACGGGCGACAAGGUGAUCCAGUGCGGCCGCCACAACGAUGUCUUCAAGCUCUGGCUGCAGUGGCGCGCGAAGCGGGGCCCUAAAGUGCGUGCUUGGUCUGUUUACGCGCGGGUACAGGGCACGGAGGGCUUCGAGCAGCUGAUGGACCGCCUCAUGGAGCUCACCGCCCACCUGGUGCGCCGCAUCAAGGCGCAGCCCGACAAGUUCUACCUGCUGCUCGAGCCCGAGAUGGUGAACGUGAGCUUCUGGUACGUGCCGACGCGGCUGCGGGGCAUGCCGCACGGCCGCGAGCGGGAGCAGCAGCUGGGCCAGUGGUCCACCAAGGGGAUUCGAAACCCACCUCCAAUGUCGAUGUUUGCUUGUUUGGUGGGGAAUGUUGGGGUUCUCCCAAACGUAGAUGUCUUCAAGAAGGGUCAUCGCAUCAUGAUCACCCCUCUCCUGAAGGGCCGCAUGAUGGAAUCCGGGACGCUGAUGGUGGGCUACCAGCCUUUGGACGACCGGCCUAACUUCUUCCGGAACAUCAUUUCAUCCGCCGCCGUCACCGAGUCGGACCUGGACUUCAUGCUGGCCGAGAUGGACCGGCUGGGUCACGAUCUGUAAAAGGCUUGGGGCCGAAGCGUCGCUGCGGACCCACGCCUGCGACCACGCCCGAUCGCGCACGGAAGCCGCCGAAGAUGCACGAACGCUGUCGCACUAGUCGCUGAGGAGCCGCUCGGGACCCGAGAACGCACGGAACUGCCCGAGUUCGCCCGACGUCGCGUCGGAAACUCGAUAGGUUGCUGGGACUCAGAUGAGGGUUGGGAAAGCACAGUCAGGGAUAUCGUUCUGGGAGUGAGGAAUGAAAUGGAUGUCGUUCCUAGGGCGUAAGUUUCCCGUGCAAGAAUGGUCGUGGUUCAACUUGCGACGCAACCCGCGGCGGGAGCAUAAACGGCGAAUCGCUUUUCUAUAUUGUGGACUAAAUAUUCACAAGUAAUUUCUUAGAAGGGCACUUUGUAUUAACGGGCAUUUUCUGGGGGCUACCUAUACAUGGUUUCAACUACUGCUAUUGUUUAUUUAGUGCGAUCGUUUGAACUAUGUCUACCGAGGUGAACGGACUGCUACAGGGGUUACUCAAGUAUUAGUGAAGAUCAAAUGUACAAAACUCACUGUAGCGAGUCGUAUCUAAAUACAUGAGAAAAUAUAAUUCAAUUGUAUCGAUAGAUGUAACAUGUAGGGAGAACGUUGAAGGUAGGUAGACAUGGCAACUGUAGCGUAUAUCGAUUAACGAAACCCGUUCUUAGAUUUAGUUGUAUCGUUCGUAAAGGAUCUUCUGAAUCUGUGGGAAUCGACCAAAUGCAGCCAUUUGCCCUGUACCAAAGAGUUAACUCAUCUAACGAUCGCACGCAGAAACUUUCCAACACACCACUCAUUCGACUGCUUCUGUCAGCCUCUUCUGAGCGCCAUGCCCCGACACAGCCUGCUCUGGCCGGACGCUCCUGCCCAGCCAGGCCAGCCGCACACCCAGCGAAGGUUCCAGAGGCCGCCGCGAGGCGCGCAGGGCGGCCGGGCCGCGACCGUGCGUGGUCGCCCACGCAACCACGCCGCAGAACGCAAAGAGUAAAGCAAUACACACUAGAUGUAGUAGGUCCGUCGCACGCACGUUGGUGAAUGGGUAACUUGGGUUCAGUUUGCACUUUUCCUUCGCUUGCGUAGGAGAAAGAAAAAAACUGUCAAUAUAAUUUUUUUAAGAACAAGAAAACACUCGUCGGACGUCCUGCAGGCCCGGGGGCUUCAAACUCCCCCAACCUGUAGGAAAAAUCACGAGAGAAAGAGGUGGGAGAAAAAAGAAGAGGAAACACGGCGCCGUCGCAUCAACGAAUAAAAAAGAGGAAGCUAAAAAAGAGAGGUAGAAGGAGAGUGCGUUAGUUUGCCGAGGGUCCCCCUAGAGGGAGAGCCCGUCUCUGUUGUUACUGUUGUUGUAUUUUGUAAUAUAUCGCUGAAAGGAGGGCAUCGUAGACAGAGCUAUAUUAUAUGUGUGUUGUCAGCUGUUCAGAGAUUAUUAUUAUUAACAUAAUGAUAAGCGUAUUAUAUAUAAACAUAUAUAUGAUAUAUAUUUUGUUGCGGGAUCUGUUUUCUAUGUACAAUGUAUAAAAGAGAAUAUUUGAGAGAUGUUAAUAUUAUUAAUAUAGUUAUAUUUUAGUAGUGGCGGCGACGUCGGGGCCUUUGUGGGGAGAGCAAUAGAAGCGAGGCUGAAAAGAGAAGAGGUGGAAUCUGCCCGGGACCUGGGAAAGUGGUGCAGAUAGCACACGGGAUGAAGGCGCAGUUCCCUUACAAUUUCACAACAUAAAAUAUCUUAUCUCGAAACCGCUCUUAUUUUUCGUCGUUUUUGCUAAUGUGCCCGUGAUUAUUGCGUAUUCGUCUCUUUUUCAAAUAAAGACAUCACGUCAAACCUCACUAAAUUUAUUCCAAAUCAAUGUAACUGCAGUGAUAACGUCAUUAAUGACAUUUUCUCUGCUGUCUCUGUAUUUGCUGAUUUAAAUAAAUAAUUCUGUAAAGGAUCGUCUCUUGAACAGACGUUUCAAUGAGGGGUAUCACGAACGUGAAAGAGACAACAGAGAAAAGAAUAUUUCAUUUCAAAUUUGUACCCUUGUUUAAAGUACAUUGAGAAUUUGCAGUAAUGAUUUCGUCAAACAUUCUUUCUCUUCUUCACAUCCAUGGAACACGUUCAGGAUUCACUCCUUUUCAAGAAUAAUUUGUAGUGAAAAAGAGUAAAACAUUUGGCGACAAUAUUGCAGUAAUGGAAUGCCUAUAAACAAUCAGUGUAUAUUUCAAUAACGAGACAUUUACAUCAUUCCCUUUCUUGUAGUGCGAUCAAAUGCUAUACCUUUCUUGUUUACUACGAGCCAUUUUAAAUUUCGUUGCGUUCGUCCAGAGACGUGGGCGAGAGGAUAGACGCGUGCGAGUGUGGCCGAAAAUGUAAGAGAACUGUGUGGGGGCGAGGGCGCGUGGAGAUACCUCAGUGUAACAGUCCUCAACCAGACUGCCUAUAGCCAUUGCGGGGGGGGUGCGCCGGCUACGUUCGCCGGGCGGCAGAA